AUGACUUUCCCUGCUGGAAUCGCAACUCCUCUCAAUUGCGACGAUGUCGUUCGAUCAAGAAGGAUCUCAGCUUCUUUUGAAGAAGGUUCGGCAUCUGGAUCUCCAGCCUUUGACAUUCUGAGAGAUGGCUGGGUUUCUUCCUUUGAUGAGGAUGGGAACUUUUUGGAAGUCUCCUUUGAGGCCAGCCCCGACAACGAAAGUGCGCUAAUCAUAGGAGGAUCUGGUUCUGAAGGAGAAAUGAACCAACACUUCUUUCCGCGAAUGUCGGUUGGCACGAGUGCUCUUUCUGCAAUGGCUCCUCGGAUAAGCGCGAUGAAGAAUCCCAUGAGCACCGUAAAGAAUCCCAUGUCACGCUUCACCAAGAAGUUGAGUGAGGAAGGCGUAUCGCUCGAAAAGAAGCAGGAAGCUGCUCCCUUCUCAUCUUGUAAGAAGAGGCAACGAAAAAAGAAGUUGACCAAGAGAAUAUCCAAGCUUGCAUCCAAGGUAGUUCCGAAGCGAACCUCGGAAGCUCCAUCAAACUUGGAGGUUGCUCCAAGCAGGAGCACAAACACAGCAGGUUCCAGAAGGAAGAGAAGCACGAAAAAGCUCAAGAAGAAAAUCAUGAAACGAAUUUCCAAGAAUAGCCCGCUGAUGCGAAUGAGCAAAAUUGGACGAAAGGGUUCCGCGGAAGGGGCAUUUCCUAGCGUGUCCAAAAAGAAUAACAGGGAAGUUUCAUCAAUGAAAUGUGCAGCGGACAGCAUUCGUCCUCGCGGUGUAGAUGAAUUCAAUGAGCAUCAUGAAUUCGCUGCAAACAUGAAUAGUCAGCACAACGAUGAGGUUCCAGCGAACAGUACGGGCGAAACUAGUGACGCCAGUUGUGGUGACAGCCAAGAGGAAGCAUUUACUCCGAAUAUGGCUGAGACCACCACCCUUUACUAUGACCAACGAAUCCCAAUCAAAUGGGGAAUGAAAGAUACCCCUGACGAUGAUGCUAACGAAAAGAAGUGUCUUGCGCUUGACCUCGGUGAACCCACCGAUGAGUCGCUCAAUAACAACAACAACAACGACAAAGAGGCUUGUAAGGAGGAUUGUGAAAAGUCAAUUUCUGAAACAUUCAACGGCAUGCACAUGCAGGAACAAUUGGAUGUUUUCAAUGCUGAUGAGACGUUAUCAUGCAAUGUCGAAGAACUAAUGAACAUGAUUCUGCAAGAUGGCGAAAGUCGUCAGCGUGCACGUAGUGCUUGCGCCAGAACGAACUCGACAGAGUUUGCCGACCUCAAGAUAUCCUGCAGCAAUAGCACUGGUGGCAUGGUCUGCCCACAUGGAUCGCGCGAUGAUUCCAUGUCCCCCACUUCCUCCACAGUGGUGAAAAAGGAAUUGUUGAUCGCGGCAGCAACCGCUAGUACUGCUUCGGCCAUCGAAGCUCAAGUCCCAACAACUCCGCUCAAGACCAUUGUCAUUCGAAAGAGGACAAUUCCAGAGCAGGAGGUAUCGCCAAUCAAGUCUCCCGUGACAUGGCGUUUGGUCCCUCCUCAGUCCCCUGUCGGCCGCACACCGUCUUCUAACAACAACAAGAAAAACGGGAGCGCUGGCAAGAAGCAAUUCAACUACCGAACCAAUCGAAAAACAGUGGCAUUGACCCCCACUCGAUUGCAAAUGACGGAUCAAGCUCCUUCGUCCCCGAUUGGUGAUUUGCGAAAACCUCAUCGCCGUUCUUACUCGCUGAAAAAGACCAUUAAGCGUGGCAUUCGAUCGCACCCAGUCGCUAGUACGACGGUUGCCCUCAGUGCGGUCUUGCUCUUCUUUCGAAACUUUGUGUAA